GACAGCAGGAGAGAGGGGCUGAGGGGGAAUCGGAGAGAGUGACAGCAGGAGAGAGGGGCUGAGGGGGAAUCGGAGAGAGUGACAGCAGGAGAGAGGGCUGAGGGGGAAUCGGAGAGAGGGCUGAGGGGGAAUCGGAGAGAGGGCUGAGGGGGAAUCGGAGAGAGUGACAGCAGGAGAGAGGGCUAAGGGGGAAUUAGAGAGAGUGACAGCAGGAGAGGAGGGGAGCGCAGAGAGAGGAGUGUGUGGCUGUCUCUGGUCACUCUGUGGAUAGAGCGCGGCUCAGUGACAGCUCCCAGGAUGGUUCAUAGAGACAGUCUGUACAGCAGCUAAUAGCAGGCGAGAGUGAAGCCGAGAGACAGAGAGAGUUCCCAGCAGUUGGCACCCCCCCCCCCGGGCACCAUGUCCUUUGCCAUGCUGCGCCAUGCCCCCCCGGCGCGGUUCCUGUACCCCGAGAUCAGCAUGCUGUCGGACGAUGAGGACAGCGCCAGUGACAGCUCGGGCUGCGGGGACAAGUCUUUCCAUCACUCGGGGGACAGACUGGGCAAAAGGGCAGACAAGAAGUGCCCCAGGCUUCACCGUGAACCCCGCCAGCGCCACACGGCCAACGCCCGCGAGCGAGACCGCACCAACAGCGUCAACACCGCCUUCACCGCCCUGCGCACCCUCAUCCCCACCGAGCCGGCCGACCGCAAACUCUCCAAGAUCGAGACCCUGCGCUUGGCCUCCAGCUACAUCUCCCAUCUGGGCAACGUGCUGCUUCUCGGGGACACGUGCGGGGACGGGCAGCCCUGCCACACCGGCGGCCCCUACUACCCACCCCACCCUGCCGCGGCUACGGCCAGCCCCAAGCACCGGGACGGCGAGCAGGGCCAACCCAAACAGAUCUGCACCUUCUGCCUCAGCAACCAGAGGAAACUGGGGAAAGACAAAGAGAGGAAAACUGCUAUCCGAACCUAAGAGACAUCUGCGCAAUGGAGAUCCCCUGAAGAGACCCCAAGAUCCAGCUUGAAGUUGCACCAAUCCCAAGACGGCACCUCGAGGAGCAGCAGCCAAUCAGACUGCAGCCUAAGGAGAAGGAAUUGAGGUGGGAGAGACCCCACAUAAGAUAAAGCAGGAGACUAGCAGCUUUGGCUCUGGGAGGGGGAGAGAGGCAAACAGCCCCCAGAAUGAGAGGGAAAAUCCCCCCAAAGAUAUGCGAGAUGGACUGUGAGGGAAGAAUGGACAUUCCUAUGGGGGAGGGGGGGGCGGAAGGGCAGAUUUUGAGAAAGGGAGGGGGGGGGGAAGCAGAAAAGAAGGAAGAGCAGAGGAGACAGUAAGAGACUCCAACCAACAGAGACCAACCCUAAGACACACCUCCAUGGAUACCCAAUAUUCUCUCCCCAUGAGAGACCCCCCAGAAAAUAAUGCACGUGUUCCAAUCAUGGACAAGUCACAUACGUGUGCCAACACACGCCAACGUCCCAUACAGCUCCGGGGUCCCACCAGCAGGCGCUGUGCACCCCAACACCCCCCAAGGCCACCCCAAGGCCAGGACAUCUAUCCCCUCUGCAUAUACUCUCAGUGUGCGCAACAGGAAUAUCCCCCGGAAAUCCGUUAUCAUUGGGGGUUCUGCAGCCUGUUGGCCCCACGUGCCCACCCUGAACAUUGUACCCCCCCGUGAGCAUUGGCACCCAUCUGGUUAAGAUACUACCUCUUCACUUACAUUACAUUGGGCUCUAUGGCCGGAGGUCUGUCUGCCCCUAAAUGUAUAUAUUGCCAUUAUUUAAUAACUUCUGUUUGCAUAGAAUGUCUAAUAAAGAGAGAUAUGUUACUAUUC